UUUUUUUCCUUUUCAUUUUAUUUUGGAUCCUGCUAAAAUUAGUCGGGACUGCUCUGGGUGUUGCGUGUUAAUUUGAUUUACUCCGGGAUUCCGGCUUUCCAAGACGCCAUUUUCCCCCCUUUCUCGCUCUAUCUCGUUCUAUUUAUCUCUCUCUCUCUCUCAUUUAUCUCCCGAGCUGUCUCUCCGUCUGUCUGUCCGUCCAUCUCCCUCUCCCCGGUGCCUUCCUCCUCCCCCCGCCCUCCUCCCUCUGCGCUCUGCGUGCGCUGCGCGGCCGGGCGCUCCCCUCAUCCCCAUCUGACAGAUGAACACCGCCAUGGGUUUGCCGCAACACAAGCAAAAGCACCUUUGGGGGCUGUGGCGAGGGAUUGAAACCGGGAUCUAAAAGAGAAGAGACAAGAAGGGGGGAAAUCCGAGGAAAGAGGAGGAGGAGGAGGAAGAAAGAAGAAGAAGAGGAAGCUGCUAAGAAGCCCCCGCUGCCGUUUUGGGGAUAUGGUGGCAGAUUUGGUCUCUUCUGAGCAACUUGCAGCCUCUGGGUGACCGGGACAUUGAAUUUGGUGGACAGUGACCAUUCGCUCCCUGGGAUCACAGCUGCCCUUGCUUUCCUCACCCCCUCCCGCACUCCCCUUCCCUCCAACAAAACUCCAGGGCAUUGUGGUAUUGCUAUGGAGCCCAGGGAGACUUUGAGCAGCUCCCGGCAGAGAGGAGGCGAGGCAGAUUUUCUGCCUGCUGCUGUCACCUCCACGAAGCCUCCUCCUGUCUCCAGCUGCGCAGGGGAGACGAUGCUGCCUGCAGCAGGCUCGGGGAAAGGGAUCCCAGUGAGCAGUGAGAGGCUGGAGCCAGAGGAAGAGGAUGAGCUGGGUUCUGGAAGAGACGUGGAUUCCACUUCCAACGCGGACAGCGAGAAGUGGGUGGCGGGAGAUGGCCUGGAGGAGCAGGAGUUUUCCAUCAAGGAGGCAAACUUCACAGAGGGGAGUUUAAAGCUAAAGAUCCAGACCACCAAGAGAGCGAAGAAGCCCCCAAAGAACCUGGAGAACUAUAUUUGCCCUCCCGAGAUCAAAAUCACCAUCAAGCAGUCUGGGGAGCAGAAGCUUUCCAGAACUGGGAAAAACAGCAAAACAGCUAAAGAGGAGGACAGAUCACACUCCAAAAAGAAGGGAAAAGUCAUUGGAGAUGCAAAACUGCUUAUGAGUUGUGGUUGCAGAAAAGGGAAAAAUUCUCAAGUGAAAGACUCAGAUCAGAGUCAGAUGAAGAAUUUGGGAAGAGAGUGUGGGUUCCCUGUGCAGAGUCCAGUGACGAAAUCUGUGAACAAGGUUUAUGACAGGCCACAGAAACAUUCUGCUCUGCACUAUGAUCCGGGCCUCCAACAAGACUUCACCAGUGACACCUUAAAAUCAAAGCACCAGCAAAAAAGUAGCAACCAGCACCAUCUUGACUGGUCAGCGAGCCCCGAUACCGGAUCCGCUUCUCAAAAUUGCUUCAUCAACACAGAACCCAGCAGGGAAGCAGUUAAUGCCACCAAGGUCUCUGCUCUGGAACCAGGAGUUCCCUUCAGCAAAUCCCAGGCCAAGAAGUCCUGCAGCAGCAGCAGCACGUGGGGGCAGCUGUCAGUCAGUAGUAAAGAGCUUGGUAUUUGCAGUGCAGUCCCAUCACCCAGCGGCAUCAGUGUGGCCGCCCAGCCGAGCAGUGCCUCCGACUGCAGUGGGCUUUUGCCUCUUGGGGAUCCAGAGGGAGGUGUGCAGCUGGAGGCCCCUGACCAGCCCGCUGGAAGCAUGAAGAAGAAGUCCAACAAAAAGGAUUUGAUAAGUCAGACCAUCCAAACCACGGACAUGGAGUGGGUGAAGAGUGCCCAGAAAGCUUUUGACAGCAAAUCCCAUGAGAGCAUGGAAGGGAAAAAGGAGUCUUACUCGAUGGACAGCAUGUUGGAUACAUCACCCUCAAAGCAGAAUCCCAUUUCUGCUAGCAGUUGUGAAAGUGACACCAGUCAUGUACGAAUUACUAUCCCAAUAAAGUCUCCAACGACAGAUACAUCUGGCCACAAAAGGAAAAAAAGGCAAUCCAUAAAAUCUUCUAUAGAGAAAACUAUCCAGGAGAAAAGUCUGCCUUCUGUACUUACUAUGAGCAGUGAAAUAGCAAACAGGACUAGCUCUCAAUCAGAGGCGAGUAAAAAAGAUCUUCGAGCCUCAAAGCCAGGGAAAGUGAUAGAAAACGAGUCCCCAUUAGUAUCUAUUGACAGCAGUGUGUUCACUGACAAAGCUUCCCCCAACAGUGCCGCCAGAGUCAGAAAACCUCUAGCAGUGACAUCCACUCUCCUGCCCACCGACCUUUCCACAGCUGGCAAAUUAUCUGAAGUCCAGCACCCCAAACACGCAGCUAAGCGGCGAUGGACUUGCAGCAAACCUAAAUCUAUCCUUCGGGAGACCUCCAUGACAACAUCGGAGAAGCUGAUGGUGGAGCCUCCCUCAGCCUAUCCCAUCACACCAUCCAGCCCUCUGUACACCAAUACAGACAGUCUUACUGUGAUCACGCCUGUCAAGAAAAAAAGAGGACGACCAAAGAAACAGCCUUUGCUCACUGUUGAAACCAUUCACGAGGGAACCUCCACCAGCCCAGUGAGUCCAAUCAAUCGUGAAUUUCCAGGAACAAAGAAAAGGAAGAGGAGAAGGAAUCUGGCCAAGUUGGCCCAGAUGGUCCCAGGAGAGGACAAGUCCAUGAGUGAACUCAAGUUUCACAAAAAGGUCGGGAAGCUUGGGGUCUUGGAUAAGAAGACCAUCAAGACCAUUAAUAAAAUGAAAACCCUUAAGAGGAAGAAUAUUCUCAAUCAGAUCUUGUCCUCCUGCUCCAGCAGCAUAGCUCUGAAAGCAAAAGUCCAGCCACCAUCUAAUGCUGGGCCAACCACCAUUGAUGCCAGACUAGGGAAGCAGAUCAAUGUUAGCAAGAGGGGGACUAUCUACAUUGGUAAAAAACGAGGCAGAAAGCCAAGGGCAGAGCUGCAGACUCAGCCAGAAGAACCUAAGACAGCCAUCAAGCACUCAAGGCCUGUUUCCAGCCAGCCAGAAAACCCAGCAGUGCCUUCCAACCUGCAGUCACUUGUGGCAUCGUCACCAGCAGCUAUUCAUCCGCUUUCGACACAGGUAGUGGGGACUAACGGCAACCUUAGCCCUGCAAGCACUGAAACAAAUUUUUCGGAGUUAAAAACUAUGCCAAAUCUUCAACCUAUCAGUGCUCUUCCUACAAAAACACAGAAAGGAAUGCACAGUGGAACUUGGAAGCUGUCUCCACCCAGGCUAAUGGCUAAUUCACCUUCCCACCUCUGUGAAAUAGGUUCUCUGAAAGAAGUCACGCUGUCGCCAGUGAGCGAGUCUCACAGCGAGGAAACCAUCCCGAGCGACAGUGGGAUAGGUACAGACAACAACAGCACCUCUGACCAGGCCGAGAAAAGCUCAGAAUCCCGCCGGAGAUACUCCUUUGACUUCUGCACCCUGGACAAUCCAGAGGCUAUCCCAUCUGACACCAGCACAAAGAACAGGCAUGGUCACCGGCAGAAGCAUCUCAUUGUGGAUAACUUUCUCUCUCAUGAGAGUAUUAAAAAGCCAAAGCACAAGAGGAAACGGAAAAGCCUGCAGAACAGAGAUGACCUCCAGUUUCUGGCAGACCUUGAGGAACUCAUCAAUAAGUUCCAAGUGUUCAGGAUUUCCCAUAGAAGCUAUACAUUUUAUCAUGAAAAUCCAUAUCCCAGCAUCUUCAGGAUUAAUUUUGAUCACUACUACCCUGUGCCAUAUAUCCAAUAUGACCCAUUGCUCUAUCUUCGCAGGACCUCUGACAUGAAGUCUAAGAAGAAGCGUGGUAGACCUGCCAAAACCAAUGACACCAUGACAAAGGUGCCUUUUUUACAAGGGUUCGGUUACCCUAUUCCCAGUGGGAGUUACUAUGCACCCUAUGGAAUGCCUUACACAUCAAUGCCUAUGAUGAAUCUUGGUUACUACGGUCAGUACCCAGCUCCUUUGUACCUGUCUCACACGCUCGGAGCGGCUUCCCCAUUUAUGAGACCUACCGUGCCCCCACCCCAGUUCCAUGCAAGCUCUCAUAUGAAGAUGUCCACCACUGCCAAACACAAAGCAAAACACGGAGUGCACCUACAAACCCCUGUGGGAAUGGGCCUUGGAGACAUGCAGUCCCCUUUAGCUCCUCCAAAGGUUGGAGGGACGAGCCUUUCAAGUGGCCGACUUCACAAAAGGAAACACAAACAUAAGCACAAGCAUAAGGAUGAGCGGAUAUUGGGGACACAUGAAGAUCUGAGUGGUCUCUUCGCCAGCAAGUCCACUGGCUUCUCCAGCCAUGCCAUGAAUGAAAGGCUGAGUGGCUCAGACAAAGACCUCUCCUUGCUCAAUGAGAAAAGCAAGCAUAAGGAGAAGCAGAAGCACCAGCAUUGUGAAACCGGGCACAAAGGCUCAAAGAGUAACUUUGAAGUGGAUACACUGUCUACAUUAUCACUUUCUGAUACCCAGCAGUGGUCACAGAGUAAAGAUAAAAACGACUCAAGCAGUGAUCCCAUUGACUCUUGCACAAAGAGAUACUCUGGUAAUACUGAGAGUAAUGGAAGGUCAGAGUCCCUGGACAUGUUUGGUGAAAUGAAUUCCUCAAGUGAGAAGCGGGACAAUGAUGCAAGUGGGAAUAAAAGAAGAAGCUUUGAAGGGUUUGGAACUUACAGGGAAAAGGACAUUCAGCCCUUCAGGACAAAUAAGAAGGACAGAAGUACUUAUGAUUCUUCAGCCUCUUCAGGUAUUGCAGGUCCCCACUUAAAAGCAGACCAGACUUCACUUCAUGGUAAAAUGGAAAGUUCUGCCUGUAACGUGAUGACCAGAAGGAAACCAGCAGCUGUUGACAGUGUUGCAAUGCCAAGUCCAGUAUUAUCUCUCCUACCUUCAUCAGCAGCAACAUCUGAAGCAGCCAGCUCACCACUGAAGAAAAGGUUCAAGCGCCGUGAAAUCGAAGCAAUCCAGUGCGAGGUGCGCAAGAUGUGCAACUACACCAAGAUCCUGUCCACGAAGAAGAACCUGGAUCAUGUGAACAAGAUCCUGAAAGCCAAGCGGCUGCAGAGACAAUCAAAGACAGGCAAUAACUUCGUCAAGAAGCGGAGGGGGCGUCCUCGGAAGCAGCCCCUUUCCUUCGAUGAAGACUCCAGAGACCAAAUGCCCGUUCUGGAAAAAUGCAUUGACCUUCCCAGCAAAAGAGGUCAGAGACCAACACUCAAUCCUUUGAUAUUGGAGCAAGCAGCCACUCAAGAUACUAUCAUGGCCACCAUCGAGGCUGUCAUACAUAUGGCUCGAGAGACACCACCCCUGCCACCUCCUCUUCCUCCUCCACCCCCUCCGCUCCCUCUCCCUCUACCCCGGGCACCCCGGGUUGGGAAAAGAAAAAACAAGUCCCCACAGGAGGAAGAGGAGGACGUGAAAGUGAAGCGGUACCGGAAGGGCAGGGGGAGCGAAAGUGAAGGCCUUCCCUAAGGCCGGGGCACCUCGUCGGACGUCGGGUGCCAGUGGCGGAGCACGCCAGGGCGGAGGGACGGGAGGCACGCUGUCCAUUUGGCCCCUUUGGCAGCACCAGACUCACCCGUCCCUCCAGCAGCCAGAACUCAUUGCAGAGGGCUCUGCCAGCCAGAGCGCGCAUCUUCUUCUUCAUCGCUUUGACCCAAGCCCGCCCCCCAAGGGAAGAGGGGGAAAGGGUGCGGGGAAAGGUGGGGGAUAAAGGGGAGGGGGAUGUGUGUGAAAGCUGGUAAAAAAGCAUCUGAACUCUGCAGAGUUUCCAAAAUUAAUCUAAAUCUCAGCAUUGCUGUUCUCAUACCGUACCCGGAGGCGGGAGGUCAUCCUCGCAGAGAGCUGAACGUUGUCACUGGGGGCGGCGUGCUCGACUCUGAUUCUGUUUAGCAGGCCAGGUGAAACUAAUCACCUUACAAUAGCA